AUGGGCGUCGCAUUUGAUUACGCGCCGGAGAGGCCGGAGAACAUUGACCAAAUCCUCAAUGGACUCGACCGAUACAACCCCGAGACAACGACCAUCUUCCAGGAGUACGUCGCGCAGCAAUGCGCUGAUCAGACCUAUGACUGCUAUGCCAACCUGGCACUGUUGAAGCUCUAUCAAUUCAACCCACACCUCACACGCGACGAGUCCAUCAUCAACAUCCUCGUCAAGUCCCUUACAGUCUUCCCUUCUCCAGACUACUCCCUCGCCCUCUCUCUCCUACCACCACAUGUAACCCUCAGCACAUCCAAGACCGAGCUCUCAGAAGCCGUCGCAAACAUCUCCGCUCUACACUCACACCUCAACAAUGCCGAAUACGCAUCGUUCUGGUCAACGCUCGAGUCAACAGACGACUUCUCCGAUCUCGUGGCUGAUGUGCAAGGCUUUGAAGACACCAUGCGGAUACGCAUCGCGGUGGUCGUCUCGCAAUGUAUGCAAAGCAUACGGGUGCAGGACAUGCAGAGCUGGUUGAACUUGAGCAAUGAGAGCAAAUUCAAUACUUUCAUUGGAGACGUCUGUGGCUGGAAGAUUGAGGGCGACAAGGUCGUUGUUCCUUUGAACAAGGAGAACGAGGCGAGAAGUGUGGUGCAGAGGGAAGACGUCAAGUUUGGCCAGUUUGCCAGAUUGGUCAAGAGGAGUUAUGAGGUUCAGGCAUGA